UUCAAGUGGGUUUCGAGUAGAUAGAGGUAGAGAUUUGGGGGAUGAAGGGCUCUUUUGGCGAUUUAUAGGAGAAAUUAGGAAGAUAAGUGGUGUCAUUCGUGUAUAAAUGAAAAAAUUGGUGGGUUAGCAUUGAUUUUUUGAGAAUUUUGAUAAGGAAUACUUAUAUUAGCACUAUGAAGAGCCUAUAAAAUUUGAAUAGAACAAAUCAGCUGGUAGCCAAGCUCACAUCAAGAAGACAGAGGUGGUAAGGAUGAUUCACGGCAAUGACAGUAAGAAGAGAUUCAAAAAGCGAAAAAUAUUCAACCAACGAAAGUUGAUAAGAAAGUCUUUAUUGAACAAUACUAAGCCAAUGCUGAACUUGAAGGCAAGACCAAAGUCUAUUACUACUUGUAAUAACUUGCCUGCUGAAAACCAAGCAGGGAAUAAACGGAAGAAAUGGAUUUUAUUAGCAUACAGCUUUGAUCAAUAUAAGAAAACUACCUGUAAGAACAGAAAUAUGAGUCUCAGUGUGCCUAAGAUAUCCCAAAAUCUUAAGAGUUCUGUCCUAGAAGACCGAGGGACUACAAAAGAAAGGAGCACUCAGAGGAACACAACUUCAAGGUUCAAUUUUCAAGUCAGACAGAGAGACAGACCAAAAGAAACUGACUUGAAAUUACAAAUCAGUCGCAGAAAGGGAAACAAAAGUAUUCUCAAAGAUCUUAGAGAACAACAAAACAAGCUAGAAAAGAAAAUUAAUAACGUCAGAUCAUUCACUCUUUCAAGAUUAGACAGAAAAAAGGUUGAGAAUACUCCUCCAAAACUCACUACCAAAUUUCCACUUGUGAGUAUUAAAAAGGAGCUAGAAAAGAGAAAAGAAAGCCGUUGAAAGACUAUUUCUACUACAAAAGAUGAAGAAAGAAUCUACACUGCGACAACAAAAUUAAACUCAACAGGGCAAGUUGUCUCAAUGAUAGGUUCCAAGCUCAGAGUGAACUUAAAGAAUGAAACUCCUUUACAUACUUCUAAGAAUAUCACCUUUACGAAUGGAUUUAAGAAGCCAAAGGUUAAAUAAGAGCAAGAGAAAGACCAAGUCUUCCUCUAUUAAUGUAGUCUCAAUGCCACCAAAAAGUGUGGUUUUACCUUCAGAGCCUGCUAUAGAAACCCCUGCGUCCGAUACGGGCCAUAAGAAGCAGAUAAUUCAGAGAAUUCUGACUACAGAUUACUCUAAAAAUGAAACUAAGAUAAACUUGAAGAAUAUCUUGAAUAAAUACCAGAAGUUCAAGAAGGCCAACUCUAAGGAGACUCCUGAGAUUUAUAGGUCCAAGACCAUGGGGCGGAUCCAGAACCCUCGGGAUGGCAGGAAGGAUAAUGAUUAUAGAAAUUUUAGAGAUUAUAUUAAGUACUAAUCCCCAUUGAGCUUUAAAAGUGGGCGUCCUUCCUUGAAAAUCCAGAUAGAUCCUGCCAAAUAAAAUAAUUCAGUAUCAGCUAUAAAUU